UAUAGAUAACGCUGCGGAGCAUUCAGACAUUUUCCUGGUUAAUGUUAAGCAUCACUCGCAUUCUUACACGCACCCUGCUUCCGAACAUACCCCCACAAGCUCCACGCGUCGUCAGCACAGGACGAGUGGUGCCUCGGCGAAACAGGUAGCACUCUCUCUCUCUCUCUCUCGCUCGCUCUCUCGUGAUCGCGCUUCCCAGUGAAACCCUAGAUCCCAAGACCAGGGACUAGUCACUUGUUUUUGCAGCCGAGCUCAAUUAAGGCUUUGGGAUUACCUUGGAGGCUAUCACAGGUAUGCCUGUAAUGGAAUUGCUAAGGGUCAAGGAGAGUAUAUAUAUCGGAUCAUUAUGAAUGUCAUUAGAUGAAAUGUGAGCAGACCUGGGAGGUGGAUUGGAUGGUGCAUGUUUAGGGAUCUGUGUUUAUAUACUACAGCAUGGAUUCUAUUGUCAUUAUGGAAAAUUCAGUAUUAGAGCCUCGCGAUGAUAUGGAAUUUGAAUCUCAUGAGGCUGCCUAUUCAUUUUACAAAGAAUAUGCCAAAUAUAUGGGGUUUGGAACUGCAAAAUUGAGCAGUCGCCGUUCUAGAGCUUCAAAGGAAUUUAUUGAUGCAAAAUUUUCUUGCAUAAGAUAUGGAAACAAGCAGCAGUCCGAUGAUGCCAUUAAUCCACGACCUUCUCCAAAGAUAGGUUGCAAAGCAAGCAUGCAUGUGAAGAAAAGGCAAAAUGGAAAAUGGUAUAUAUGUAGUUUUGUGAAGGAGCAUAAUCAUGAACUUUUGCCAGCCCAGGCACAUUUCUUUCGAAGCCACAGGGAUAUUGAUCCACUUAAGAAUGAUGUCCGAAUACGAAGGCGAAAGAUCUUACCGGCAGUGUCCAAACAGUUUAGCGCAUAUCAAAAUGUUGAAUGUUUGGAGAGUUAUUUGAGAAAUCAGCAUGAUAGAGGACGAAGAUUGGCUUUAGAGGCUGGAGAUGCUCAAUUGCUGCUUGAACUAUUUAUGCAUAUGCAGGAAGAGAAUCCAAAAUUCUUUUAUGCUGUGGAUUUAAAUGAAGAGCAUCGAUUGAGAAAUGUAUUUUGGGUUGAUGCAAAAGGCAUGGAUGAUUAUACUAACUUUGGUGAUGUAGUCUCUUUCGACACUACAUAUUUCACCAACAAGUAUAAAAUACCACUGGUUCUAUUUAUUGGAGUGAAUCAUCAUAUUCAACCAAUAUUGCUUGGCUGUGCAUUGAUUGCAGAUGAGACCUUGUAUACUUUUGGGUGGUUAAUGCAAACAUGGCGAAUAUCGAUGGGGGAUCAGGCUCCAAGAGUGAUACUGACUGACCAAAAUAAUGCCAUCAAAGCAGCUGUUGCAGCAGUUUUUCCAGAUACACGCCAUUGUUUUUGUUUGUGGCAUGUAUUGGAAAAGAUCUCUAGACAGCUUGAUUAUUUGAGUCUGUGGCAUGACAGUUUUAUGGAAAAAUUUAAUAAAUGCAUUUAUAGUUCAUGGUCAGUAGAACAAUUUGAGAAGCGAUGGUGGAAGUUACUUGACAGAUUUACUCUAAGAGAGAAUGAAUGGUUUCAAUCUUUGUAUGAAGAUCGUACACAUUGGGCAUCUGCAUUUAUGAGGGAUGUAUCUUUUGCAGGGUUGUCUACAAGUUCACGAUCUGAAAGUUUAAACUCUUUAUUCGACAAAUAUGUACAUGGGGAAACUUCAUUGAGAGAGUUUAUAGAACAAUACAAAGUAAUUCUUGGGGAUAGAUAUGAAGACGAAGCCAAAGCUAACUUUGAUGCAUGGCAUGAAACACCUGAAUUAAAAUCUCCAUCUCCUUUCGAGAAACAAAUGUCAUUAGUGUACACACAUGAAAUAUUCAAGAAAUUCCAAGUUGAGGUUUUGGGGGCAGCUGCUUGUCAUCUUAGGAAAGAAAAUGAAGAUGAUGCACCUAUAUUGUAUACAGUCACAGAUUUGGAAAGCAAUCAUAAUUUCAUGGUGGAAUGGAAUGAAUCAAAAUCAGAUAUUUAUUGUUCAUGCCACUCAUUUGAAUAUAAAGGUUACCUCUGUAGACAUGCUAUUGUUGUUCUCCAAAUGUCCGGUGUUUUCUGCAUCCCAUAUAAAUAUAUACUACAACGAUGGACAAAUGUUGCUACGAGCAGGCAUGCCAUUGGUGAAAGGUUGGAUGAGUUGCAAUCUAAGAUCCGUCGUUACAAUGAUUUGUGUCGACGGGCCAUAAUAUUGGGUGAAGAAGGAUCUUUGUCUCAGGAGAGUUACAGUACUGCACUCUGUGCCAUAAAAGAUGCCUUGAAGCAAUGUGCAAGUGUGAAUAACUCUGCUGAAAAUGAUGUGAGACCAAAUGUUGCAGUUCAUGCCAUUUGUGGCAUUGAAGAAGAGAAUCAAGGCAGCAGUACAAUAUCGAGAGAAAAAGGGCCUGAGCCUAAUGUAAGUGGUGCAAAUAAGGCUCCUAAAAGAGUGGAGGCUGGGAGGGAUCAGACAAGUAAUGAGAGUAAUGCAAGCAAGAAGGGAAAGGUAAUGUUGGAGCGAGAAAUUGCUAAUGUUCCAACACGUGACGCCUUUCACGCAAUGGAACUAUCCAACAUGAGGCCGCCCCUGUCACAUAAUGUGCUGCCACCGCAUGCCAUGUUGCCUACGCAGUUGCAUAACAUGGUGCCUACAGUGUUUCACAAUGUUUCCUCUACACAGUUCCAUAAUUUGGCUUCUAUGCAGUUGCCCGAGAAACACUUCCCGCGUUAGCUUUAUUUAUUUUUUUAUUGUUUUUAUCUUUUGUAAAGCUUGUGUGGACAUAGACUGUUACAGGACUGUAGAAAGAGCAGGAUCAAUGGAACAUUUUCUGCUUGGCUGGGGUGGAAAGAUAUUUGUCAAGCUGGGUCUGCUCCAGAGCAUGAAUGACAUGACUCAAGUUUCUGCUUUUGGUUCCAAUUUCCAAUCUAUAAUCAGAAAAGAUAAGCUUAAACUAA